AUGAAGGUCUCAAUGCUCGGUCUCCUCACCCUCUCGGCAUUCGCUUCCGCGUGCGCCAGCAACGGCGUUCCCAACAAUGGCGCCACUCAAGCCGUGUGCGACCACUACAAGGGCGGAAUGGAGCCCAACACGCGAGAAUACGGCGCGAAUACUCAGUACAAGCAGUGCAACGUCAAGACCUUUGGUGGUGGUGCCUCGAGCUUUGAUAACUGUGACUGGAGGGGUAGAUGCCAGGGCGCUGGUGCGACUGGUGCUGAUUCAUCUUGCUGGAAUAAGUUUCCUUAG